AUGGCAGAAUACGUACUGUAUUUUCAACAUAAGGAAGCUCAUAAUAAUUUCCCUGUAUUUCUUUCAAAAUUUCGGUCGAUGGUUUUUUUAAUUUAGUACUGUGAUAAACUUGGUCUAACAUACUAUAAUAUAUUUGAUUUUGUAAUUCAGAAGCACAAAAUAUGUUCUUUGAGGCAUAUAAUUUAUUUAAUAAUGUUAUUGGUAUUUGCUCCAAAGUUUGGAAAUGUUUAGCAAAUGUAGAUACAACCUAAUAAUACAUAUUAUACGAUUAAUAAAAUAAAAUUUAUUUAAUAAUUAAGUUGUAAAAAUAGUAACUCACUCUUGGAUCAGUUGCAAAAUAUUCCAUUAAAACACUUGGGACUUCUGCAAAAUCUGUGCUGCAUCUGGUUCCAGUUACAUGCUGAUAUUUUGUUCUACCUAGCAUAGAAUGUAAUGCAUGACCCAUCUCGUGGAAUAAAUUUUCUACAGAGGCAGGACUAAGUAAACAUGGUUUAGACCAUGUUGGAACUGGCAAUGAUAACAUUAAUACUACUAUAGGAUUCUGAAAUUGAAUAGUAAUUAAAAUUCUGUUAAAAAUUUAUUUAUUAAAAUUAUACUUAUUUAUUAAAAUUAUACUUGAUAUGAUCCAUCUGAUAAUAGCCUUCCACCUCUAAUGGUAAAGUGACAGUCUUGAUUAGGUUUUCCUUCUCUUUCAAAGAAAUCACAAUAUAUAUAACCCAAAACCUCUUCAUUCUCAUCUAUCACGGCAAUUUUAUGUACAUUAUUUGCCCAAACUUCACCAGAUAAAACUUGUACAUAUUCCAAUCGAAUACCAUAUAAUGCUUGUAUCAAUAUGUUAAUGCCAUCCAUACAAGCACCAAGUGAAAAAUAUGGCGCAAACUCACUAAUGGACAUAUUUAACCAAUUUCGUUUUGCUUUCGCCGUAAAAUAAGCUGUAUCCCAUGGCAUUAUUUUCUACACAUGAAAAAUAAAGAUGUACAAAAACAAAAAUAAUAUAAUUUAUUUUUAUAAUUUAAUAAAUAAAUAAUAUAACAUAUUUUUAUAAUUAAUUUAAUAAAUUCAGUAAACCUGUUUUACAGGUGAUUCAGCAUCUUUCAUUUUUUGCAUUUCGUUAAAAUCUUGUAUUGCUUUAAGUUUUAAAUUAUCAUUUAGAAUAUUAAGAAAUUUGUAUAUUACUUCAGGUCUUUCUACGGUACUUCCUUUAACAGCUCUAUAAAUUAUUUACUUUUAAUACGUAUAAGUAUAGCUAUGUUAGUUAUAUAUAAUUAAUAUAUAAUUUUAAUUAAUUUCAUUUUUAUCAACAAAUAUUUAAAAUUUACCGGUGAGCAUAAGAUGAAAAACCACAUAGUUCAGCCAAAAUGUGUCUAGAAUUUAAAAGUUCUUGUAAAAGAUAUUCUUGUUCUUCAUCAGGAUAUAAAAAUAUACGAUAUGCUGUUUCUCUAAGAAGAUGAUGAGAAGAAUCUACAUAUAAUCCUUGAACAUAUAUUUUAUUAUCCUUUUGCGUGAAACUGUGAAACAUUAAAAAGAAAUAUUUUUAAAUUAAAAGGAAUAUGUUAUUUUAGAAAUAGAAAAAUAUUAAGAAAUAUGUUAUUUAAAGUUAUCCAAUUGUAAUACUUACUAAUGCCUUACAUUAGAUGGAACAAUAUUAGCAUCUACUACUCUUGUAUUACUAGUACCUGUCAUGAACUUUUGGCCUACCUAUGUUCAAAAAAUAUAAUUAAAUAACAAAUCCAUAAAUAAAAUGUAAUAUAAUAUUAUAAUAUAUACUUGUAAUAUGUAAUAAUUCAACUGUACAACUUUUUCUCUUAUAGAUUCUGGUAAAUGAAUAGCGCAUAAUUCAAAAUCAAAUAAGAAUAAUGUUGCAACAUGUUUAUCCACCAUAGAUGUUUCCUGGAUAUCUCCAUUAUAUACAACAUGCUUUAAUGCAUUGUAUAAUUCACGAUGAGUAUUUAAUCUAAAAAAAUUUUCCAAUGAAUUUCACAUUAUCAUUUGAAAGAUAAUACAAGUAUUAUUAUAUAAUUUUUAUGAAAAAAUAGUUACUUUUCUACAAUGCCACUAACAAACAGGCAAGUAUCUUCUGCAGCUGCAACAAAUUGCUUUUCUGGAUGUGCAAUUCUAAUGAACUCUGCUAAAUCUGCAACUUUACAUAAUUCUGAUUCUAUGAUAUGCAAAAAUUUACUCACUGCUGUUAAACAAUUAGCAGACAGUGAAAUUGAGUUAAUAAAAACAAUAAAGGAUUCAGAAAAGAUAAAUAUUAAAAAUAUUAAAAAUACAAUGUCUAUGACAGACAAAGAAAGACCUAAAAAGUCUGCAAAACUGUUUAAUGUUCGUCCAUCUGCUGCUUUAAUAGCAGCUAAACGAGAAGCAGCUCAACAACAUACAUUGCAAGGAAAAAAAUCGAACAAUAUUUUUGUACAUGAUAUAUAUCAAAAAGCUAUUGAUGCAUAUGACACAAAGAGAAUAGAAACUGGUAUUGUAUUUGAUCAUUCAAUGACAGAACAUAAAUGCCCUUGGGAUCCAAAUUAUCCAGAAUGCCCUGCUAGAUUGACUAAAGUUUUGCAAAGAUGCGAGGAAUUAGGUUUAAUAAGUAGAUGUAAAUUGAUCACACCAAGACAAGCUUCAGAGGAUGAAAUACUUAUGAAGCACAGCCAAGAACAGAUAGAUAUUUUGAAGGCCACUGACAAAUGUACAGAUAUAGAUAGUUUAGAAUUAUUGUCAUCGAAAUAUGAUGCCAUUUAUAUAAAUCCUACCACCAGGACAUCAUGCAAUGAAAUCAGAAUAUUGUGGAUAUUGUUUUUUUAAUAAUGUUGCUAUUGCUGCUGAAAAAAUUUUAAGUAGCAAUUUAGCUAGUAAAAUUUUAAUUGUUGAUUGGGAUGUGCAUCAUGGACAAGCUACUCAGCAAAUGUUUUAUAAUGAUCCACGAGUAAUUUAUUUUUCAAUUCAUCGUUAUGAAAAUGGUGAAUUUUGGCCAAAUCUUAGAGAAUCUAAUUUUCAUUUUGUUGGAGAUGAUUUAGGAGAAGGAUAUAAUUUUAACGUGCCACUUAAUAAAACUGGUAUGACCAAUGCUGAUUAUUUAGCCAUAUUUCAACAGGUUUUAUUGCCAAUGGCCUAUGAGGGUGGUUAUUGUUUAAAAUCAUUAGCAGAAAGUGCAGCAUUAACAUUACGUACUUUGUUGGGUGAUCCAUGUCCUAUGUUAGAAACUCUUACAUUACCAUCAAUAAGUAUACGUGAUACAAUUUUAAAUGCAAUUUAUGCGCAUAAACCAUAUUGGAAAUGCUAUCAGUACCAAGAUACAUACAGUAUUAAUAGUACAACAAAUAAUAAAGAAGAAAAUACUAAUCAAUAUUUACCUGUAGUUACAUUCAAUCACUAAUUUAUCUAAAGCACCAAACAAGGUAUGCAUUGUUUACGAUGAUAGAAUGUUAAAACAUUGUGAUAUGUCGGAUGAUAAUCAUCCAGAAAAACCACAUCGGACGAAGUGCAACUAGAGAAGAAUUAAUGUUAGUUCAUUCUAAAGAAUAUAUAGAUAAAAUAAAAGAUACAGAAACUUUAAAACCAAAGGAGUUACAAAAACAGGCAGAAACUUAUAAUUCAGUUUAUUUGCACCCUGAAACCUGGACAAGUGCCUGUAUAUCAACUGGAUCGUUGUUACAAGUAGUUCAUAGUGUAUUAAUUGGAGAAAGUCAGUCUGGUGUUGCUAUUGUUAGGCCUCCAGGACAUCAUGCUGGAGAGAAUGUAGCAUGCGGUUUUUGUAUUUUUAAUAAUAUUGCUGUAGCAACUAGAUAUGCUAUAGAACUUCAUCAUGUAAAACGAGUAUUGAUAAUAGAUUGGGAUGUACAUCAUGGUAAUGGAACUCAAUCCAUUUUUGAGGAAGAUUCCAAAAUUUUAUAUAUAUCUGUCCAUCGUUACGAUAAUGGUAGUUUUUUUCCAAAUUCUAAACGAGCAAACUACUCUUACAUUGGUUCUCAAUCAGGAGAAGGUUUCACUGUUAAUAUACCAUGGAAUAAGAAAGGAAUGGGUGAUGCAGAAUAUAUAGCGGCAUUUCAACAAGUAGUAAUGCCGAUUGCUUAUCAGUUUAACCCAGAAUUAAUUUUAGUUUCUGCGGGUUUUGAUGCAUGUAUUGGUGAUCCUCUAGGAGGCUGCUUUGUAACGCCAGAAAUGUAUGGACACUUAACACACUGGCUAUCUUCUUUAGCCAAUGGUCGUGUUAUUCUUAGUCUUGAAGGAGGUUAUAAUACUAAUUCAAUCGCGCAUGCAAUGGCUAUUUGUACGAAAUCUUUGCUUGGUGAUCCUUUACCGACGUUAGAAAAUGGACAUAUUCCAUGUACAAGCGCUAUUCACACUAUAAAUAAUGUUAUAAAAACACAAAAACAAUACUGGCCAAAUUUAGCAUUUAAUUUAUCUUUACCAAAAGAAAGAGUACUUCCUAAGCUUAAAAUUCCACAUUUAAAGACAAAUGAACGUGUUAUAAACAAUGAAGAACCUUUAGAACAUUCAGAAUCUAAGAUAGCGCUGGAAGAAAUAGAAACUGAAAAAAUGCGGAGAAGACCUACAACUCGGCAGAUAAAUAAAAAAUGUAACACGGAUUGGCAAGCCGUUUCCGAAGAAUUGAAGGAAUUAGAAAAGAAGAUUCUUAUUCCAUCUUACAAGCAACAAAUGAUUAAUAUUCAUGAUGAAGUUUCUAACUAUACAAGAAAAUGCACAAAUUCAGAUGAAAAAGGACAUUCUGAUGAAAACUUCACCAGUUCCUCUGCUGGUAGUAGUGGUGAACAGAAUGAAAAUGCAAGAGCACAAACGAGUAAUAGUAAAAGUUUAAAGGAUUAUUUUUCGGAAAAUUUGCAUUCAUUAAUAGCUGGAGACAUGUUUGCGGUGAUACCUUUACGAGAAUGUCCACAUUUGAAUAGCAUUAAGGAUGUACCAGUUUCAGGAAUUGAUAUAAGUACACCAUGUAUAGAAUGUAAAAGCAACAUUGAAAACUGGGUCUGUUUACAAUGCUAUAGUGUUCAUUGUGCUCGUAGUAUUAAUCAACAUGGUUUAAUACAUGCUGAAAAAGUGGAACAUCCAUUGACUUUAAGUUUCAGUGAUUUAUCAGUUUGGUGCUACAAAUGUGAGGCAUACAUAGAUAAUCCGGUAAGUUACAAUAAAUUCUUUUGGAAAUAUCUAUUUUAAUAUAAUCUUGUCUGUAUACAAUUUAUUUUAAUAUAAUCUUGUCUGUAUGUUUAAUAAUGUUUAUAGCAAUUAUUUGCCGCACGUAAUGCUGUACAUCAAAGUAAAUUUAAUGAGGAAUUACCAUGGACGUAUAAUGAUAAUUGAAAUAAAAAUGUAUUUGACAAAAUUUUGCAAUUAACAUUAUGUAUUUCAUGACAUUUGUAAAACACAGAUUUUUGUGUUUAUAUAAAUUAUUAACAUAACUUGAAAAUAUUUUGUAGUUUCUAUCUAGUUCUAAUAUAUUCUAUUUUUCUAUGUAGGAUAGUAAUCAUUGGAGAAGUAAUAAAUUCAAGACAGGAAUAAAUAAUUUUUAAAAGUAAAAUUGUAGAUUGUAAUGUACAAGCGAAUUUAAUUUUACAAAAUUAUUUAGUUUAAAUUAUAUAUAUAUAUAUGAUUUUCAUUUUAAAAAUUUCAUUGAUACAUAUUUUAAAUAUCUUAUAUGAAACUUAAUUUGGUUAAGUUACUUAACAUAAGUUUUAAAUAUAAUAUCAUUUCACUGCUAAUAAUUACCAAUAUUUUUAUAUUAUAAGAAAUAUGUAUAACCUGUUAUUGCAGUAGUUAUUAUUAUAACGACUAAAUAAUAAACAAAUAAAUAUUAUAUUAAUUUUACAAUACAAGUUAACAAAUAUAAGUUAUGUUAACAAUUAAGCAAAAAUAUUAUAAUCAUGAAUUGUAAUUCCUUUCAUAAUAUGUAUGUAUUUUUAUAUUUAUUAUCUUCUAAAUAUUCAAUUCGUAUUAAUAACAAUUGAAAUUGCUGGAAAGCUUCAAAUAUAUUAUUCAUAAUUUCAAUCAAUUUUUCCGCAGAAAAUAUAGCCAAAUUUGUUAAACGCGUAAUAUUUCUAGCAGUUUUUGAGAAUGGUAAUUUUUCAACUGUAAUAUGCGGAUAGAAUUUAUGUACAAUAUGAUAAUUAAAUAAAUUUAUAUUAUUUUGAAUGAAAAUAAAUUCUUCCAAAUCUGUGGCAGGAAGAGCAUAAUACAAUCUAUAGGGUACUUUCUUGGUGACAUAUUUAUAUUCACAUUCACGAAGUUUCAAGGCAAUAACAUUACAUACAUCUCUUAUAGAUUUUGAAUUCUGUUCAUAAAGAUAAAAGUCUUUUAUCAGUUUAUAUUUAUGAUUUCCACUACUUACAUAUGUUUUUUUGGUAUUUCUUAAAUGUAGAAGUGCUGUUGGUAUAGAAUAA